AUGUCGUUGUCCACAGUGAAAUUGACUCUCCAGCAGAAGCUGGACUUUCUGCCAGCUAUCGCAUCAAUUGCGCUCGCUGGCUUCUAUGCUCUGCUGACGGGUCUCUGGCGCACCGAGCGCGAAGCUAAGACCCUGUUCCUGCAUUUCGGCUAUGCCAUUUUCCGUCAGGCCACUGCGCGGUUGACCCCGUCGCAAAUGCAGUACAUUCUACCUUCGUCCGACAAGAUCUAUGAGCGGUAUGCGAAAAAGAAUCACAUUCAAGCCCAGUCCGUAGAGUUGGGCUACGGCGCCCUCGGCCACUGGGUCGGCGACCGCAAUGCGACCAACGUGCUGGUCUGGUACCACGGUAAGCAUCGCCUUUCCAAACAAAGAUCGGAAUCUAUAGCUCACUAUGCAGGUGGUGGCUUCGGUCUGCCCGCCAACAUGGGCUACUUCAAGUUCUACGCGCACGUCAUCCGCGACCUCCAACGCGCCGGCAAGAGCAUUGCCGUCUUCGGCCUUACCUACACCCUCGCUCCACACGCAACAUACCCAACCCAACUGAAGCAAGCUGUCUCCGCCGUGCGGUACAUCCUCUCUCAACCAAACCGCGACCCGGCCACGGUCUUCCUAGGCGGCGAUUCUGCAGGCGGGAACCUGGUCGGCGGCGUCCUCUCCCAUGCAGCGCAUCCUCAUCCCGAAAUCGAGCCAUUGGACCUGACCGCCAACUUCGGUGGCGCGGCCAUGAUCGCCCCCUGGACCCUUCUGGAUACAGAGUUCCCAGAACAAGAAAUCUACCAUGGGGGUGAUAUCAUCACACAGGCUGUUGCGCAGCCCUGGGCGUCUGGAUACCUGGGGAAUGCCACACGGGAUAAUUAUACAGAUCUGUCAAACGCUCCGAUCGAUUGGUAUGAGAAUUUCCCAGUGAACCAGGUAUUGCUCACGGGCGGCGAGCACGAGAUUCUGUUACCGAUUAUUCGGGACUUGGCGGAGAAGUUCAAGAAAGGAUUCCAGAAUGUGGAGUUGUUCGUUGGACGUCGCGAGUGUCAUGUUGCACCGAUUUAUAAUCUCGAAUUGGGUGAUAGUACAGAGACCGAGCAGGGGAAGAAGGUUAAGUCGUGGUUGACUGAGUUGGCGCUGUAA